AUGUCUCAACCACCCAUGAACACUCAGUCCAACGAUACAACUCGCUAUAGCCAUCUUCCCCCGGCUAUUCGACAGUGGAUACACAACAUCGGUAGAACACCCAGUGCAGCAACCAUUCGACGCGAGUGUUAUCGCCGCCGCGUCGGCAUUGGAAGCCAGCCAUGCCAUCUCAACUCGAACAACCUUCAUUCCGAUUUCUGCAGCAACGUUAACGAUCGAAGAGCGGUGUGGUCAGACUUUGUGCUAGACAUGGACGACUUGGUCGCUUCGGUUUCUCGAGCGACUGACACUAUCUUCAUUGGUUUUGCAGUUCGCCCGGACUGGGAUCUUUCAACGCAGCUCGAUGCUCAACGCAUCGACGUCAAGACGUUCACCAGCUAUCACCACAACUCGAAUGCCAACCUUCAAAGGGUCGUCGCCCAGCUCCGAGAUACCAUCCGCCAAGAGGUAGCAUACGAGCACAUACGGACUUUCGGCCAGCGACUACAUACCGUAACGCCUGGAACUGGGUACGUCGUCAUUGAUGGGCGUCCUCAGAUACCGGAUGUUGUCACUGCAGUCCCAGCUCAUCCUCUCUCGUCGACCUCCCACACGCAACCACUGCCUAUCACAGCACGGUCGACCUCUGCUCCCAUCGCUAGCUCCUCCUCCCAACCGGCUCCCUCGUCCUCUCGACCAACGUUGGCCGUUUCCCCACCCUCUGCCUCUCGCACCAAGCCCUCUGCUACCCAACCACCAUCCUCUUCAGCCCCAGCCCGCCCGGCCGCUACUCCCUCUACUCAGCGUCAAGUCAACCCUCCUGGUCCUCCUCCUGAGCUCUCUCUGCAGAGUGCUGUCAAGACUUCGGCGAAACCAGCUGCUUCCCGAUCAACUCACGCCCCUCGUCCGACAUCGCCUGUUACCACCCUUCCAUCUUCGAUGAAGUCCCACAGCAAGAGAUCAUCUAUUCCUCCGGCCGCCCAGCCACCUGCUCCUUCGACUCCUGCUCCUUCGACUCCCGCUACGUCGCGCACUGUUACGUCGACGACCCUCUCAAGCGUGUCGACUAUGGUAUCAUCAGAGGGCGGCCGAUCUCCACGCAGGGUGGUCUCUGUAAAAGAGAGAUGCGAGUUUGUCAAAGAGAGGGACUGGGAAACUGGGUAUUAUUCUUACGACGAGGACGACAUUAUCACUAUCUCCGAUGGCACAGCGUCCUUGCCGCCCAACUCGCCCUCGCCAUUGCCAGUCAAAAUACCCCUUCCCCUCACAAGUUCCUCAAAGAGCAAGGGUAAACGCAAGGCUGAGUCGUCGACUGGGGGUGAAGCUUCAUUAGCCCCUAUGUCGAAAGUUGAUGAUCUGUUGGCGGUUUCCAGGGUCGCCCGCUUCGCUUCCGAGCUCGGGCUUGACGACACGGCCAAGGCACGGCUCCGUUCAGCGCUCGCUUUCAAGGAUGCCCUGUGGACGCCUCUGUUCAUGGAGGCUGGUCUGAAUCAUAAGGAGGCAAAGGACCUGUACUACAAGAUAACGGGCGAGUCGUACUAG